AUGGUCUCUUUCAGCACCCUCCUUGCCACCGCCGCCGCAGCUGCCAGUGUCAAUGCGCUUGGCAUUAACUGUCAGGGCUCCGGUCUCUGCGUCGGCAACAAGGGCCUGCUGGGCCAAGCGCAAGGCCAGCUGCGCGGGAUGGACCAGAACAAGAAGCUCCACGAUGGCCAGCACGCUGUCUGCGUGAAAUCGUCCGUUUCGAUCGGCGACCCGUCGCUCUGUGUCUUCUACCAAAACACGGGCCGCGAGUGGACAAUUGGCCAGACGGUGCAGUUUGUGCAAAACAUUCUUGACCACGGCUGCGCAGCCUGCGGCUCCGUACCCGUGGACCCCGGCAACAACGUCAAGAACGGACAGCUGACGGCCAACAUGGUGACCAACGCUAAGCGCGACGAGACCAGUGUCAAGCGCGAGGAGGCCUACCCGGGCCCCCGCCGCGGCGUCCGCCCUGAGGUGCUCGCCGCCCGCGCCCUAGGCAUCAACUGCCGGGGCAGCUCGACCUGCAACGUCGGCGGCAUCGGCCACUCGCCGGCCGGCACGCUGGAAAAGGUGCGCGACGCCGUGGCUGCCGGUCCCGAGGGCGAGUGGUCCAACGGGCAGCAGAUUGCGUGCGUGCCGCAUGUGACGGGCCGCCUGUGCGCCUUUUACCAGAACAUUGGCAGCCGUCGUUUCAACAAGGGUCAGACGCUCAACUACCUGGCCGGUCUCCAGGGGCACAACUGCCGCGUCUGCGGAAGCAUUCCUACUGACGAUGGCAAUAACGUGGACAACGGGCAACUGACAGUCAACUUUGGAUUUCAGCCCGGCAGGUGGAUCGAAUCUACGCCCGAGCAAUUGAGCGUGGCUUUGUAUAGGUAUCCCAAUCUUAGCAGAUACAAGAUGACCGGCUAA